AUGUCGUACCAAAGUAUCAGCGCGCAGCCCGCGCCAGAAGAUGAGUCACCACCAACCAAGGACAGCAUCUGGCGAUCAGCAUGGAAGAACAACAAAGGAGCAUGUCUGAUACUGCUCGCUGAACUAGCAGGUGCUUCGAUGGACGCAAUGGCGAGGUAUCUUCAGCAGGGCGAAACCAAGUUUCAUCCUUUUCAAGUCAUCGUUGCACGCAUGGGCAUCACAUUUAUCCUGAGCAGCGCAUAUAUGUGGUGGACGAAAGUACCCGACUUCCCACUUGGCGCUCGAAGUGUGCGCGGCUGGUUAAUACUUCGUGCGGCUUUUGGGUUCGGUGGACUCUAUUGCUUGUACUCUUUGAUCGGUGUUAUUAUCAUUGCGCACCCACCAUGGUUGUUUGGAGAAGUGCAUGAUGACCUGCAUCCCAAGAAGCCUUCGGGUAUCGACAAGGUCUCGUCAACGCAACGAUUCAUCGCGAUCGUAGUCUCCAUCCUCGGUGUUGCAGGAGCGUCCGGAGCUUAUACGACAAUUCGCGUGAUUGGCGAUCGUGCGCACGCCCUUAUGUCUGUUAAUUACUUCGCUUUACUCGCUACUGUCGGUUCGACCAUCGCCCUUUUUGCCAUCCCGGGUAUUGGUUUCCAGAAGCCGCAAUCGCCCCGUGAAUGGAUCUUGCUUAUUGCCAUGGGUGUCUUCGGUUUUGUCCUACAGUUCUUGUUGACUGCAGGUCUUCAGCUUGAUAAGAGCAGCAAGGCGACGAGCAUGUUGUACGUGCAGAUCAUCUUUGCGCUCGCUUUCGAUUGGAUCAUUUGGGGUGCAAUUCCAGGCGCAUGGAGCAUGUUCGGCGGUACGAUCAUCAUUUGCAGCACGCUGUGGAGUGCACUACAGAAGCCACGUGCGAAGGUGGAGAAAAAUGUGGAGCCAGAUGAAGAGAGUGCUUUGCUUGGUGCCGACAGGGCGAGUAACGAAGAGACUGCGCAAAGGGCGAGCAAUAGCGCCUAG